AUGUCGAGCUCGGACGCUUUCCAGCCCAUCGCUAGCCACGCACUCACUGCUUUCCCUCACCUGAAUGCUGCGGGCUUUGAAGCGAGCAAGGUGUUUGCCCUCACUGCACUCUAUCUCGCCAACCCCCCGCAGGGCUUCCCGUCUCAGGGCUCGCUGCGCAAGAACCUUGCGUCGCUCUACCUUUUUGUUAUCCACCCGUCUGCUCGCUCGACCAAGGGCAGGCAUGUUCCGGCCCACCGCGCCAAGAUGAUCCCGGAGAUGUGGUACCUGCACAUCACCAAAAAGUCGAUCGACAUCGGCCGCGGUCGCCCGCCCAUGACCAUGCUGGGCCGCCGCCGCCGUGCCGAGAUUGUGAUCGAGUGCACCGACCGCGACCUGGUGGACAUGGCCACUGGCAAGGCCCGUGCACAGACCCUGUACGAAAACGGCAAGCUCGCCAUCCGCGGCAAGCUUGACAAGGCGCUGGAGGUGAGCAAGGUCAUUGCCCACGAGCGCUCGAAGCUCUACCGCGUCGUCACCAGCGAGCCGGGCGACGACAACGAGAUCGGCCAGAUCGAGUUCAACGAGGACGCCCACGGUUACAGCAUCGGCUCCUCGGUCCGCGCACGCCUGUAA